AUGCCACCACCAACCAAUUCAGAACUGAAUGCGAAGCGGGAGGAACACUGCUUUGCAGUAACCUCCGAUCGGAAAUAUUAUCGAGUCGGGGGGACCUUCAUUAAGCGAAGUCUGCGACCAUCCGAAUGGCAGAAACACAAUGGCUAUAUGUACGUGCCGCGAUUCGGAACUGAGCGCAUCUUGAACGAAGGCGCCUGUCUCCAAUUCCUCGCUGCAAACACCAAUAUCCCACUGCCGAAGCUCUACGCGUGCAUUGAGGACGAUGGUGCUGCCUACCUUAUUACUGAGUAUAUUGAGGGUGUCAAUAUGAAUGAUCUGGACACUGAAAAGAAAGAUAUUGUUGCAAAGGAGCUUCAAGGUCAUAUGGAAACCUUGAAGGAAUUGAAAUCCAAUGUCUGGGGAGGACCUGGCGGUGUGGUCUUGCCGCCAUAUAGAAUCAUGCGACAUUCAGAUGGAAGGCCUUGGAGGAUGCAGGAUCGAGAGUCUAAGGACCUUGUCUUUUGCCACAAUGACCUAUCAGCGAACAAUAUCAUUGUUGAUCCAGAUACACUGAAAAUCAACGCCAUUAUUGACUGGGAAUACGGUGGCUUCUAUCCUGCCGAGUUUGAGUGGCAUUUCUAUCUGAGACAAAAGUCAGGACCGUCCGUAUCACAAGAUGGCGAGCUUGACGAUGAAGAUGUGCUGAAAGAUAUCAUGUCCAGGGAGAGGAAGGGUUGA